AGGCCCAUUAAUCAGAGCCACCCUUUGUAAACGUUAACGAGCUCGGGAGCAGCUUCCAUGGAGGCAUAGACGGAGAUGCAGUCAUGAACAGGACAAAGUUCAGAUUCUUCUUCUGAGCAAAAUUUUGGGGCAGCAACUAACUAAAUCCUCAAAACAGUGCAAUCUAGUGAAGAUUGUUGGGUCAGUUAUGGCAGCGUUGAUUUCCAAAAGGAUCCUACGUUGUUCUUCUGGGUCCUUGCAUUCACUAGGACGAUGUUACUUUGAUUCACCUGGGUUUGCCUCUAUUUAUAAACCACGUGAUGUAUGCGGCGGUUUAUCUGGGGAGAGAAUGUUUUCUGCAGAUCGUUCUUUGGUCGGGUCCAUGGUCCGGCAGUUUUCUACUUCUAUUUUAACUCCCGGAGAUGAUGAUAGUGCAUUUCCGUCUGAUUUAUUGUCCAAAAAGAUUCUGGCAACAUCCGAGCGUACUAUUGGGCUUUGCCAGGAUCUUUUAAUUCCAGUAACCAACUUUCAUAAUGAAGACAAGGGCUAUAUGGUUUUACCUGGAGAUGUUUUUGAUUUGCCUAUUCGGAAGGACAUUAUUCAUCGUGUUGUUAGGUGGCAGCUUGCAAAACGACAACAGGGGACUCACUCAACAAAAACUAUCAGUGAGGUCAGUGGCACUGGGAGAAAACCUUGGAAUCAAAAGGGAACUGGUAGAGCAAGGCAUGGUUCAUUGCGUGGGCCUCAGUUCAGGGGUGGUGCCACCAUGCAUGGCCCUAAGCCCCGAAGCCAUGCUUUCAAAGUCAAUAAGAAGGUUCGACGUCUAGGGCUGAAGAUUGCUUUAUCAGCUCGUGCAGCAGAAGGAAAGCUUCUUGUUUUUGAGGAUCUGGCGGUUCCCACACAUAAAACCAAGAAUAUUGUGAAUUAUUACAAUCAAAUGGAGGAUACCAAGAAACUGCUGCUUGUAGAUGGCGCUAUAGAUGAAAAGUUAAAAUUAUCUACACAAAAUCUACACUAUGUUAACGUACUUCCCUCCAUUGGCUUGAAUGUCUACAGCAUUUUGCUGCAUGAUACAUUGGUGAUGUCCCGAGCUGCUGUGAGCAAAAUUGUUGAGCGCAUGCAUACUCCAAUAAAUCGUUGAGGCUGUAACUUUUUAUUGUGCUUCGCUUCAUUUACUCGGAAAUAGGAACAUUUCUGUAGCAACAUAAAAAGAUCCAAUGAGAAUAUCUUUGGUACGAGGUGUCUGUUUUAAUUACAUAAGUUAGGCAAGUUAUGCCAUUUUGCCCAUGUUGAAGGUUGGAACUUAGGAACUUGAUGAUCGAAAUUUGACGUUCAUGUGAUUAGGUUUAUCUUGUUUUCCGGUGGUUGAAUCUCAUUUUUCAAUUCUUUCACAUGCAUAGGAUCUGAUAAACCUGUACAUCAUUCAUGACCUAGUGUCCUUCAUUCAUGAAUUUAACCAAUAUAGUUUGUCUUUGGCUUUCAA